GAUUAGCUAAAGCAUGUGGUCAGACUGCUAGCAUUCGCAAGAUUUCACUAAUAUGGAACAGUAUCUUAAGAUCAAGAAACUAGAGUCAGGAAAAUACCGUAUUGAUUUACAUUAUCUCGUCACAUAGGCAUUAGAUGUGAGCGGGUAUUCUGAAAAGACAAGGUUAUCCGUUCGUCAUUUUCGUGCAGUAAGGUUAGUUUGUUUAUACCGUAAGUAUUUAUAACGAAGUUAGAAAUAGUCUGGGGGAGUUAGCUGAAAAAAUUUUUAGCCUUGAAAGUACAGGUUUUGUUAUCAGGAGGAUGUUUCCGGGCACUAUUCGGGCAAAAUAGAUCCGAACCACACAGUUGUCACGGAAGAAGUUAAAUCGUUUAUGGUUAUAAAUACAAAGGAAAUAAAUGUAUGCACUGUGUUAGAAUACUGAAAACCGUAUUGUCGAGAUGAAGGUUGUGAAGCUGAUUUAUUUACGGGUUUAAUUAGAAAAUUAUUUUUCAUUCGAAAGCUGGAAUUUUAAAUCAGUCUAUUAUGGGCUAGUCAUGAUGUUUAUCGGGGCUUAAUGUGUUGAUUUGUGGUUGUAUGGUCAACAACUAACCACCUCUCUUAAUGACCCACCGUUUCAAGUUCUGUGAAUGUUUAUACGAGAACUAAUUUUCACGUCUUCGCCUAAGUUAACGUGUUAUCUGGUGUGAUUUCAUUAUGAACAAUUGUAUCUAAAGUACUUCUACAAGACUGGCAGGAUUCCAACCCUGUACUCACCCUGGUUGGUGAGCAGAUAGAAGUAGUCGAGUAGUUCGUGCAUCUGGGUAGCUGCAUAAGUGCUGGUGGUGGCGUGAGUGAUGAGAUCAAUGCACGUAUAGUGAAAGCCAGAGCGGCUUAUGCCAAUCUGGGCCACCUUUGGCGCCUUGGUGAUGUUAGUCUGGCUGUAAAAGGUCGGAUCUACAACGCGUCGGUGGGAGCAGUUUUGCUCUAUGCUUGUGAAACCUGGCCUCUCCGUGUUGAGGACAUUAGACGACUCUGUGUUCGAUCAUCGCUGUCUCCGAAGGAUUGCUGACAUUCAGUGGCAACACCAUGUCAGUAAUGCAGAGGUUCGGCAUCGUGUGUUCGGGCACAGAGAUGAUAAUUCAAUUGGUGUCACCAUGUUGAAACACCGACUUCGGUGGCUUGGACAUAUUCUCCGAAUGUCGUCCCAGAGAAUUCCACGUCGUGCAUUAUUUGCCGACUCUGGGACUGGUUGGAAGAAGCGGAGAGGUGGUCAGUGCAUGACAUGGUGUCGUGGCAUGAAAGAAGGCUGCAAAGGACUGGCUUCUGUUGGUCCUUCACGACUCCCUGGUUGGGGUCCGAGAGAUGGUGCUACACAGUAGCUAGAGACGUUAUCAGAUAUGGCUCAGAAUAGAAGCCAAUGGCGAUCCUGCUGUAAACUUCUUUUAUUUUCUUCAUAAAAAGUGGUUGUGUCUCCCUUAACUGAAAGAUUUCCUCCGAUUGUACCUUUCCGUUCUCUCAUUACUACCACACUACCUUACACCAAUCUCUUCAUUAUUGUUCUUUUUUUUACGCUCCUUACCUUUUUUCCUUUUCUCUUCGAAUUCUCAUUGUUUUGUGCGGCGCAUAUAUAUUGGCGCUCUCUUGUACCAAUAUUCAUGUGUUCAAAUAAAUAAAUAAUCUAAAGUUUUUGAGGACUUGUAUAUUAUUUUUCAAUAAACAUAGGUCUCUAGACCCCCCUUAGAUAUUCGACGUGAUUUAACUAGUGACCAUCGCUUAUAACUAUUAAACCUCACAUUUAAUUUGAUUUGUGCUCCUACUCAUGAGAGGAUAACGAAAUAUGAGAUUGGGCUAAACAGAAUUUACUGACAGAAAGCACCUCAAGAUUUAGAAUCUGCCACAUCCUAGAUUCUGAUGGAUCAACUAAUCUGACUUCAGUUUAGUCUCGGCAUGAAGAGUCACUUCUCCAAUUGAUACAGUGAGUUCUGAACGAAAAGUGGUGUAGGAUCGAAUUUUACUUGUCCUUACUGCCUUAAAAAAUAUAUAAUUCUAUACAGUUUACACUUAAUGCAUUAUUUCUUGACUACUGAUUAUUUCCAUUGUUCAAGAACUACUAUGAGUUUAAAUUUAACGGAUGAUGAGCUAGUGGACAUGACAACAGCUGAUCUUCGAUUGCUGCUAGAAAAAAAACGUUUAACAAUUGAGGAACACAAAGAACUUCGUAGUCGGAGACGUCGUUUGCAAAAUCGAAAAUACGCACGCAAAUGUGCUAGCAAAAAGCAGUCCGAAGUGGAAAACUUAGCCACCCAGGUGAAGGAAGAGGUCGUUGAAAUCCAGGUAGGCUAUUUGUAAUCUAUGUUUUUUCGCACAAUUUAUAGACCAACUUCCAAAAUAGGCUCCAUGUCUUGACAUCCCGAUAGUUUCGUAAGUAUCAUAACGCAGGUGACAUUUAGGCACAAGUAUCAAACAGAUACGCGUGCUUGGUCUACAGCAUCCAAAUUAGUGGUAUUUGUAUCGUGUAUGUAUCAGGCUGAAUCCAAGUCUAGUAAUAAAGAGACAUAAUUUUGACGGUUAUCUACUCAUAAUAUUGAUUCUUUUAGUGAUUUAUGGCUCUUGAGUUGAAGGCUUCCUGUUUUUUAUAUGUCAUUUGAACUCAUUGGGUACUGAGCUGGCAUUUUAUUCAUCUUGUACACUCUUUCUUUGAUGGCUUUACAUUUACUGACUUAUUUAUUAAGUAACAAUCUGUUAUUGGUUAUUUGCUAUGGAUCCGAGUCAUACAAAUCAUUUUAUUUUGUUUUUAUUUAUUGGAGAAUCACGCAUGACUACGCAUAUUUGAAUGUUUUUGUUGUCUGUUGAUAAAUGUGCACUUUGAUAACAGUGAGCAACAUAAGACAAUAAUUUCUGUACUAAAUGAUAAGGCCAUGUACCCCAUCUAACUGUUUUUCAAAAAUGUCGUUAAGUUAGAUGGACAGUAGUUUUUCUAAGUGUAAUACAAUAUGGAAAGUCUUAUUCUAUGUAAAAAUAACUCUGGUUUACUUUUUUAAAUAUAUUUUAUAUGGUGUAGUUAAGAAAGGUAGGCUAAAAUGUUUCCUCGUUCUACGAAAAGUUUGCUUUUUUAACACAUAGAUAUUGGUACAAGGAGACACCAAAUACAUAUACGCCACACAAAUCUUAUUCGAUAUGUGUGAGGGCUGUGAUACUGCCCGGGUGCCCAAACCGAAGCAGGUGGUUUUCUUAGGGGGCCACUCCCCGAGCCUUUGACCUAAAGGUCUGACCCACAAGGCAGUGGAGCAUCGUAAGGAGAAACAGUCCCAUGGUAGCCGGCGAACAAAAAUUGGUUCAUACGCCAUUUGUUCCCUCAGGAUACCGGAGCUCAUGUGCACCAUUGGUUUGGGAUCCGGUUAAAGCGCCGGACAUUCGCUUUUCGUCCUCUCAAUUUCGUAAACAACACCCGUGGUACGAGAAGGCAGUGAGUAGGACGUCCCUGGCAGAGGCUACGAAAAGUUAGUGCAUAAAGAAAAAAAAGAACUAAUUCAUUCGCCAGUUACUUGUGUAUGAGCCACAUUGUAAAUGUGAGGGCUAGCGAUACUAUACGGUGCUCCAAACUGAAGUGAAACAGGGUUCAAAACCAAGACUUAAUAGCUGAGAGUCGAACACAAGUAUGUUGAUUAUAUCAUCCAUUUUUACAUAUCCCUUCCAAACGGCACUAAUCCUAAACAAAUCAGUAGGCAAUUAUCAUGGGAAAUAAAAUUAUUCGAAAAUAAGUGGUAAGUUUUAGACGAAAAAUACUAAUAAUAAGACUAAACUAUUGUGAUAUUCAGAAUUUAGCGCAAGAUGAAGUAUGGAUAUAUCUACACUUUUGUGUUUUUUGUCAAGGUAAUAUAACUCAGUUCAAAAGCUUUAUCAAUGAAGCCCACAUUUCCAUACACGAUUCAAACCACGGUCAGUGUACAUUUCCUUGUGGAUCAGUUUUCUUUGUAAUGAUUUUCGUUGCUUUCUUUGUAUUUAACAAAUCUCAUUUUAGGCUCUGAGAACUCAGUUAUCACGAACCAACUUGGCGACAAAACACUUGGAACACCAAUUACGCCGCAUAAUGGAAUUCAAGGAAAAGUGUCUCAAUAAUGAAAGUAAUGGAUUUCAGAUAAAGACAGUCCGCAUGUUGAAUUCUAACGGUCAACCUGCUGGAUUUGCUUACAUUAAUUCGACGUUCUCUUCUAAUUUUAUGGGACCUAAGAUUCAUGAAGUUGUUCAUCCAACAGAUAAAAAUUGCGAUGUCAUAGAAAUUGCAACUUGUUCAAAGUAUAACCCUCUAUCUUCAGGUUCCCGUAAGUACAAAUUCAGCCUAGAAGAACACCCUUCCAACGUUUAUCCACGUCAAAUACCUACGGUUUCGCAAUUUUCUUCAGGCCUUUGCUUCCCUGGUACAGCUUCACCUGUACGUUUUUCAUGUAACCCUCCUUGUCACUUCAAAAAUCAUCUUCAAAUGCGUCUGGUUAGGCCAGUCGGUGGAGGCUUCGCAUCACACGGCAGAGGCAUGUCUGAAUAUUAAUAUCAGCUCCCACUAUUAUUUCUCUUCAGUUAAAUACAGCACCUCGAAUACUAAUAUCAUAAAUGGAAUAAUUUAUUAGCCCAUAUUCAUGCAUACUUGAGUGAACCCAAGAUUUUCCAUUUUACUGUGAUCAAGUAUUAUUUCCAUUGUUUUCUGUUCAUUGUUUGUUCUAUGUUAAUGCUAAAGUUUUGUGGCUUUGGCUCAUUUAUAAUAAAAACAAGUAUAAAACCGUUUCUUUCAACCUCAUGUUUCAGCGUAAAAAUGAAACUUUUACUACUUAGUUGAUGCUCAGUGUUCUUAUACUCUGGGUUGGAACGUGCUACCAAGAUGAGAAAGAAUGGUUUUAUCUUAUCGAUAUUAAGCUGUGGUUUUUUCUACCAAAGAUAAGCAUUAUUCUUAGCAAAACUUAAUCAAAUAUUUGUGAUCCUUCGUAUAAAUAAUUUUCGCAAUAAAAUAUCUUGAUAAUAUGACACGGAUAUUUACUGAAACCUUGUUUAUCACAAACAAUUAAUUGGUGUAAAAAUAGUAGUACAACCUAUCGGUGACUUAAACCAACAGGUUAGGGAAUGUUAGUCGGUUUCAGGGACAUCUGAAUUGAUAAGCGAUCGCGAACUCACGUAGUCAAAAUCCGAACAGGAUGACGAGCUACGGUAACUUCAAACAUAGACUAACCAGUACUAGGCAGUGAAAGCAAAAGAAAUAGAAAGUCUGGUAGUGUCAGGUAAUAGUGGACAACGUUUCAUCAUUAUUAGUGAAAUAGGUAUAUUUUCGGGUGUUAGUGAGAUAGAUGACAGUUCUAUUUGAUGAAUGUAGAGUCUUCUGAUCGUCUUGAGCAACAAUGUAGUCAUAUUUUUGAUGAGUUUCUCUUCAUCUAAGUGCAAAAUGUUGCUCCAGUAUUGCUCUCACCACCAAUCACAAGGAAUACGUCAUUCCAGUUCCUCACCCAAUACAAGUAUCGUGGAUGUCCGAACAGUUGUGGUGUUUUGGUGUCUGAUGAGAUUACAGGACAUUCAGAAAGCUCGAUGGACUUGUGACAGGGGAGAUGUCCGUCUACCAACCACAGGACAAGUGUACCGUAAAGCAGUUUACUGUGUUAUACUUUAUAGCUGUGAAAUGUAACCUUCAAAAAUAGAUGUUCGUAGGUUACGAUUAUUCGGUCAUAAAUCCCUAAGAAGCAUUGUUCGUAUGUGUUGAGACCACUGGGUUAGCGAUUCUGAGGUUAGACGCAAGAUAUUAGGUAAAAGUGAGAAAUCUCUCGGCGAGGUAGUAAAUCUUCAUCGACUGAGGCAUUCGGAAUAUGGAUUACCUAUGCACAUCUACCGUAUACCACGAUGCGCAAUGCUACAUGAUGUAGGAGCUGCUUACUCUCUUGUUACCUCUCGUAGAGGAGCAUAGGCCGCUCACCGGGAUUCUCCAUCGAGCUCUGUCCUGGCCAUUAUCCCCGGUUGCUAUUUAUUCUCUUGACAUUUGCUUUCAAUCCCCGACGUAAUGUUUUUGUUGGUCUUCCUCUUUUCCGUUUCCCUUCGGGAUUUCAAGUUGUUGCUUGCCUCGUGAUACAGUCAGAUGAUUUCCGCGAUGUACGCCCUGUCCAUCCCCAGCGUCUUGGCCUAAUUUCUCCGUUAUCUGGAAGCUUAUUUGUUCUUUACCACAGUAGGUUGUUGCUGAUGGUAUCUGGUCAAAGGACAUUAAGUAUUUUGCGUAGACAAUUGUCUAUAAGUAUUUGUACCUUUUUGAUGAUUGGAAGAAAGAUAAAGGCGACCAAAAUAAUUAAGACAUGACAGUGUUCAAUGAAGUUGUUAACUUUUACGUAGAGCCAUCUAAGUAGCCUUAUACUAAUCGGUUGACGUCAUCGCCGCUGUCGUAACCGAUGUUUGGAGACUUUGGGUGAUAUACCUCAGCAUCGAUUGUGGUGAACAGUUACAUCCACUCUUUGUUUCCCCGUAGAUCCUUG